AUGGGCAAAAAACGCGGAGGAGGUCGGCGAAUGGUCCGUGCAGAAGAUGACGGAGAUGCAGCUGCAUCUGUUGCCUCAACGGACAUCCGCGGGUCGACCGUUUUGGACGACGAAAACUUGUACGACGGCGUGUCGAAGAAUGUGGACGACGAGGAGGAAAUCGAUGCAGCCGUUGACGAUUUGAACGAAGAGCGAACAACAACGCGAGUUGCCGCAUUGGAAAAGCUGACGACUCACUUAUUGCAGUACAUGACACCAGAAGAUGUUCACGAAAGCUUGAUGGACAAUGUGCUCGGAUGUUUACGCAAACCGUCUGAUGAUGAGGCAGUGCUCGGCUCGCGCAUCUUGGCGGUCUUGGCAAUCAUCGCUGGAGAGGAUAACGAGAGUUUGUUUCAGCGGUGUAAAGCCGUGCUGAAACCAUUGGUCAAGUCAGCUAGAAGCGCAAAGGUCAAGGUGGCGACGAUCCGAGCGCUUGGACUGGUCUGCUUUGCGUGCAGUGUCGAGGAAGAGAACACCGAAAAGCUGUUGGAGCUCUUCGAGACGUUUUUCGAUCCGAAUAACGCUGGAGGUAUAUGCAAAGCUGCGCUUGAUUCGUGGGGUCUACUUGCGUCAUCUCUUUUCGAUGAGGCUCUCGUCAAUGACGAUUUGCUUGAAAGAUUGCUACCAAAGUUCCUGGCUCUGCUGGACCACAAGGAUAUUGAAGUGCGUGCUGCUGCUGGCGAAAGUGUUGCCUUUCUGUACGAAUGCGCACAGAGUUGUGGUGUGUCACUACCAUAUGACGAAGAGAUUCUUGGGCGUUUUCUCGAACUGAGCAAGAACAACAGCAAGAAGAAUAGCAAGAAAGACCGCAAGACCCAGCGCAGUGUAUUUCGCGACAUCUACUCGACGCUUGCUACUGGUGAGACUCCGCACAUUUCGUUUACGGUGAAGAGCGAAGUGCUGGAGAUCAGCUCAUGGAGAUCUGUGAAGCAGUUUGAAGCGAUGAAAGAUUGUCUGGGGACUGGGUUCCAGGAGCAUGUGAAGUACAAUAACGUGCUUCGUGCAAUGCUGGAUCUACCGGAGACUUUGGACGACCGCAAAGUGGACAGAAGUGAUAUCUUCGAUAAGAAAUCGGUUGCGAGGAAGCAGCGCAGCAAUGAGCUAAGAGGGGACCGCAAAAAGAAGCAGCAACUGCAGGACACGUUUUACGAUGACGGAUUCGUCUAG